UUUCAAGAUGGCGAAUUCUGCGUGGAACUUGAAAUAAGCAAGGUUGAAAUCUUAAAAGAAUGGGUUACAUAAAUUUGUAUUUUUUAUAAAUCGUAAGAAAUGAAAACCUCGUCUCGAUACGAUCAAGAAAGCGGAGGCUGGAAUGCAAAGUUUGGAGAACAAACAAGAAAACAGAGGCAUCCAUGUAAGUUGAAGAUCUGAAAUCCAGAUUAGGCAUAACUUCUUUAUCGACACUGUUUAGUGUUUGUUAUAACUUAACUUUAUCGUAUUUAUCUAGAUAUAUGAGUGAAUCAUUGAAAAAUCGUGGUAAGCCUGGUCAUAGAUAACAGUUCAUCAUUUCGAUGAUGUUUAUUACAAAGAGAUUUUGGCAUGUUUACAAAUUUAAUAACACGAUUGCAGAUCAACUCUAUAUGUACACGAGAUUACUAGUAAGUCUUAUGCAUGGAUAGAGUUGAUCUGAAAGUUUGACUGUUGUUCAAGAGGCUUCUGAUGUCGACGAGCGGGACAUUUAACUACCGUCUGGUGCUGUGUGCAAAUUAAUACAACCAUUCUGUGUCGAUUUAAGUGUUUUGGGGAAAUGUUUUAAAUAAAAACAUGGAAUAAAUGUUUGUGGUAAUUUAAUUGAUCAAGAUUUAACCAUAUGAAUGUGAAAAAUUUAUUUUUCUGUCAGUGAUUAUAAUUUAUCAUCUCAUCAAAUGUUUAUUUUAAUUUACUUACUUAGUGCCAAAGCUUAUUGGCCUUCCUGCUAUUAACUACAAUGGUCUGAGGUGGUUGUGUGAUAUUGAAGGCCUUGGAGAGAGGUAUGUCCAAUUGAGUGAUAAAAUCAACCUUUUUCUAUGCUCUUCUUCCAAAUAACCCUUCAUAGCUGGUAGAUUUGUGUUUGUCAUGGAACUUUCAGGAGUAUUAAGCCUUAAAAUUUACAUGUAGGAGGGAGGUAGGAAAAUGGGAAAACCAUUCUUCCACCCUAAAUUAUUGCCUUAAUUACUUAAUUACUGCCUUUAUCAAUAAAGGGCAAAAUUACUGAGCGCUGAUUGGUUAAUUUUUAGUAAUAGGGCAUGAUUAAAUUAAUUAACAACUGCAUGUUUUUACAGCUCCUCCACACCAAACCAGCAACUAUUGAUGAUUGGCUAAACUUUCCCAGAUAAAAAUAGACUAGACUGCAGCGUGAUUUUGUAUGUUAAAUUUUGCCCUUGAUGUUAAGAAAUCAUCUCACCAGGAUGGUGGAUGGCAGGGGGUCAUUGGCACUCCAGAAACCUCCCACAACCCGGCCUUGUUUAAUAACAACUGCAUGUUUUUAAGCUCCUCCACCCUGAGCAACUAUUUUGACUGAUUGCUAGUUAAGAAAUCAUCUCACAGGAUGGUGGUGUCAGCCUUGUUUAAAAUCAAAUGUAAACUUAAAAUCAAAUGAAAAUCAAAGAAAAGAAAAUCAUCACUAACUUAGGAAGCUAGUGAUUGUCAAACAAAUUCUCUUUGUCAGUGCUAUUAGAAAUUUAAAGAGAACAGUGUGGAGAAUAUAAACACCAAUGUUAAGGUGCAAAGAGCUAAUGUUCAAUUUUAAAUUCAUAAAGACUCUGGUUCAAAGUUUCUCAAGUGUCUUGGCUGUUUGCAUUUCAAUUUCAGGGACAGGCCAUCCACAUCAGAAGCUCAUGAGUUAUUUUUAGCCAACUAUCCAAAGAUGUUCAACAAUCCCAGACAGCAAGCUUUAAACUUAUCUUUAAAUUCUACACAACCAAGGUAACAAAUUAAUUUCCAUUUACUUACAAAGAAAACACCUUGAAAAAUUCCUGUCUCAUGUCAUGAAAAUGUCUGAACAAGCCUGUCUUUAUUUUUUUUGAAUUUGUGGGGACCUUUUCUUAAAUUCAUUUUCUUCUGUUAUAAAUAACAACUAAGUUGAUAAAAAAGGUCUGAUUUGCUAAGGUAACUUUUUUGUUGUUAUUUGGUGAAGAUUUUGUUUUUCUUACAUAUAAAUGUACAUUCACUUUUCUCCAUUAUUUGAUUACAACCAACAGAAAGCUCAAUUUUGGUGAUGGCCAGUUACUUAAAGCUUCAGAAACCAAAAUACCACAUGGUAAGUUUUCUUAACUUGUUGUUUGUUUGCAUGUUUUUUCCUUUGCUUCAAAUUUAAAUUCAUUCAAGCUACUGGUAUUUAAACUUAUGGUAAUGUGAUUCAUUCCUUUCUUCAGACAAAGGGUUAUUUCCUCACUGGUGUAAAGGAUUUGAUGUUCCAGUAAGUCAUAACAUAUCAGAACACCUUUCCAAGCUUCAUAAACAUUCAGUCAUCACCAUGUCUGCAGCUGCCUUACUUGACAUGAGAAUAAAGUCCAUUAAAAGAGUGCUACGGAAACAGUAAGUUCCUUGGGCAAAGAUAAUGCAAAUGCUAUAACUAUAUCCAUUUCCUGGAAUGGAAAAUUUUUACUUGAAAAGUAAAAAAUGUAUGUAUCUUUUGAAAUGUAGUGGAAAGAGUGGUAAAUGAUAUUUUAGAUCAUGAGAAGUUACAAAAUUAAAUGAAAACUUAUCUCAAUUAUUAACUGAAGGCUACAUUCUUUGAGGUUAGUGAACAUGUGAAUCAAACAUAGUAACAGUGAAUGCACUCCAGAUAACAACCUAAAGCACAAGGGUGAUGGUUGAGGGGGGGGGGGGGGGUCAGCUUUAAUGUGUCUGAGCCCUAAACCUUUUUUGCUCAUGUAGUGCUUGCAGAUUUUUCUGCAUUGAAGGAGUGGAGGGCCUUCAGUUUGUGAUUUCUAGCUUGCAAAACUAGCAAUACAGAAGAUAUUCAAGUUUAUCAGGUACAAAGAAACUUAAUGAUUUUUUAUUGCAUCAUUUGCCUUUACAGACCCUUUGAAAGAAAAUCAAAGGAGAAUGAGGUGCUAUUAAAACACUUGCAGUACUUCCCAGAAAUAGCUGAGCAGGUAUCAAGACAUGUGCUUAAGGAACUGUGUUCAGUGGCACAGCUUGACAAAUGUCCACAGGAAGAUUACACAGGUUAGGAACACAUCCCUGUUGAUGCAAAGACUUUGGAUGUUUAGGAUUAUUGACUUUAAUGAUAUUCCUGCCCUUGCUGCAUUUUGAAAGUGCAUUCAAUUUUUUGACUUGAAAAUAUUGUUGUUCAUAUGAGGUGGAAUUUUUUGAGACUUCUAUUAAAGCACUUAGUCUAUAACAUCGCAUCUCACAUCAUAUAAACUUUUGCCCACAGUAUUUGGGAACACAGGACUGCAUCUCAUCUUGCGUGGCAGUGUUAUGGUGCAGUCAACGCAAGCAUUCUCACCUGAACUUUCAAGAGAAGCGACUGAGGUCUCCUCUCCAUCACCCUCCUGUAUCCUUGAAGAAGAUGAGCUACAAAUUUCAGAAAAGGUAGAAAAACAUUGAUGACAGUAAACUGAGAGAGACUUCCAUUCAUUUAACAAGCACUUUGAAUUAAAACAAAUAAUCCCAUGAUUCUAUGAAAUUUAAUCCCAAAAAAAAUUCAAUCAAAUUUUCCAAGUUCAUCAUUUGCAGUCCAUUUAAAUAUCCAAGAAUGACUGUCGUCCAAUUUCUCCUUACAGUAUCAGCCUUGAAUCAAGUGGGAAGGUUAUGAUAACAAAUCCCCUGAUUAUCAAACAGAUUCUCCUCAUCAGUGCCAUAGCAAAUAUAAAGAGAAAAGUGUGGAGAUAAUAUGAAAGCCGAUGUUAAGGUGUAAAGGAUUACUCUUCUCUUUCUUUAGCUUGCCUCUUGCCCUUCAAAAUUUACUUGGAAGUCAUGAGACAGUGUGGCUUUUUUGAAGAACUAGUGUCUAGAAAUUAUCUUCAAUUUGAAUACUUAUGUGCAUCUUAAAGAAAUUAUUCAACUUGUUGACUGAAGUGUUUUCAUGAAGAUGUUUUGGUUAAAUUACAGCUCACUGUGGGCCAGUGUUUUGGAGUCCUAAGCAAAGUUGAAGAAAAGGAGGCAAACUCAAAGUAAGUUUGUUUAUUUUCCUCUUAGCUUCUUAGAUUUCUUUUCUUAGCUUCAAGCAAUGAAAUUAGUUUUCAGGAAAAUGUUCCAGUGAUAAAAGUGUUUCCUACAUGGGACAGAAGGAAAUGAUAGUCAAAUCAAUUUUUUGAUCAAUCAACUGACAUACUUUUCCUGCACUCAUUGGUCAUUGUAAGGUUGAAUUACUAUGUGGGUAAGAUUUUGGGAACAAGGUUUUAAAGUUUUAGAUCCCAUUCCCCUUCAUGUUUAGAUUUAGGUACUGGUAUGUUAACAUGACAAAAGUUUAACUUUUCUCUAGUCAUCUCUUUUAAAUAUCAACAAAGGAAGCAUGCAAAAGGUAUGUGCACCAGGGGUGCACAUGUUGGAAAGUGGGAAGGUAGACAAAGUAAGACUAUGUCUAUUCUUCCUUCCCAUCAUCCCUCUGGGGUAGUAGUGCUAGUCUCUUAAGACCCACAGCUUCUUAAAAGUAACUGAAAAUUGAGACAAGUUAGGGAAAAAGACCCCUUUUUCUUAAAAAGGAAAUUAAUUGCCAUUUCCUAAGUGAAUUUUCAUAAUCUGAUUUAAAGCAUGUUUCUUCUAGACUUCUCUCUGUUGUCUCCUUGGAGCCAUGUGAGUUCUUGAAGAUUUCAACCAGUGACUAUGCUAGAGUUAUACAGGUCAGUGCUGAAAUGAUGGAAUUCAAUUAGAUCAAUAAUUUUAAAUGAAAUUGAAGUUUUAAUUUGUUCCCUUUGUUCUCCUUCAGAUAAUUCAAGCCCGAGAGGAAGAGCAGAAGUUGUCCCUAGCAAAGGUGUGUAAGCUGUUCAAUAGCUGGCCUCUGUUGUCACUCAAAAAAAUCGCUGGGCUCAUCAAGUGGAGAAAGUUCCCACCAGGUCAAGGUAAUAUUUGCUAUCAGGAGAACAGUCUUGGAAAAGCAUGUUUUGUAGCAAAAUUUUGUAUGAUUUUUCACUAGUUCACAGAGCAGAAUGCGUAUGCUCCAUUGAGGUACUUGUAAUGCUGUCUAAAAUAAAGUCAUUACUUACAAAUACGACCUCUCAAGCCACACCCAUCCCACACGAAGUGAGCUUUGAAAUGUAAACUCCAGAAUUCAAUUGUUCAUGUAGCCUGCGAGUAGACUCUGAUUACCGGUAGCGCUGCUUCACGAGAAUCUUGCAGUCCUCGGGAUUUGAGCCUGGGAACUGAUUGUGCAGCGAUGCCAAUGAGAGCUUGCACGAAGGAAGUAUGGAGGCUACUGUCCGUGGGAAGAUUGGUACCCAUCUCGACUCAUAGCGCUUCCCUCAUUAAGAAACACACUGGUACCUUCAAGUAAACCAGAGUAGAAUUUAUUGCGUACAAACUAACCGAAGUCUUAUUAAGUAUCAUACACGGGAUGUCACAUGUCAUAAUCACUGGGCUAUUGUUAGAUUUCCCAGUUUGACAUGUAGGAUCAAUUACUGACACUUCUCUAUGAUGUUUCACAGUUCUGGUGAGCGAAGGUGAAAGAUGUGAAGUGAUAGGGUUCAUUAAGAGUGGGGAGUGUCUUCUGAGACGUUACAUCAAUGUAGCACAUACAUUUCCAAACGGUAGAAAGGUUAGUGCUUGUCUCUUUAUGAACUUUGAAUUGAACCCAGAAAGUUACAAAAAACUCUUCAAUUAUUCCUUACAAUCUAUUCAGGAAGUGGUUGAUGUCCUAACAAUUCCAACCUGAUAACUGGUAGAACAGAGUUCUUCGUUUUUCUAAAAUGAGAAAAGCGCAGUGACACUGGAGCAUCUUAGUUUUCAUUUACCUGGAAAUAGUUUGCAAGUAGCUUCAUAUUGUAUUAGUACCUUUAUGAGAAUAAGUAGACACCUCCACAGAGAAGACUUCAAAAACUCUUUUUCCUGUCUAUGUCGAACAUAAGCUUUUGGCGACUGAAGAUUGGGACGAGACAAAACCAUGAUACCGGGUGUGUCGUCAAACGUCAUUAUGUGUUUGCUUUUGCUCCCCACUCGUUAGACUGUUUUCUAAUAAGGGAUCCAGGCAUGAAGUAAAUUGUUGUUAGGGAUUGGAGAGGGAUCUUGUGGGUAAAAGUGACCCUUUAAAGACUUGACAUGCCCCAAAUAUCAGUAGGAUGAUCCCACGCAAUGCUCCGCCCUUGCUUCCAUUGAAUUUUCCUUCUAAGUGGUGCUUUGAGGCCUCCAGAAGUUGCUGUUGCUGACUGUUUCUACGUGGGAUAAUUUUUUUAAAAAACUUUGUCUCUGUUGUAUCUUGAUCAGGAGCAGCGUGUCAAGUCCGUAAUGAUUGGCAGACUGUCUCCUGGAGACUCGUUUGGUGAGAUAACAGUCCUGAAGGGCUUGCCAAUGCCAUGUUCAGUCAUCACAGACACUCAUGUACAAAUAGGCACCAUAUCUACACUCGAUGUCCAUGGUAGGUAUUUUGACACCUCAUCUCCCCCCUCCCAACCCUCACCCGAUCAACUUUCUCCCCUCCUCCCCUCCCUCCCUGCCCCUAAUUCGACGGCUGAGUUUAAGAUUUACAGUCUUUCUUGAUCUUUUCCACACACGACGCUUUUGACACUGCUGAUUUUGGCACUGUGCAGGAUGCGUGUCACCUUUGAACCGAGUACUAGCCUGGUUCACCAUAGAGUCUCUUUGGCUCUGUAGUACAGUAUCUGUGCGUGAAAUUCGAAGAUCUGGAGCUCAAUUCCUUGUGGGAUACUCAGACCUGUUUUCUUUUUUUGUCCCACGCCUGUUACAGUCGAAUUACAUCUUCCCUCAUUCGAAGACUGAGCUCAAAAUUUACGAUCUUUCUUAUUCUAUUUACAAAUUGAAUAAUUUUUAAUACCAACCACUACUGAAUCGCUUUUUUUUAGACUUGGAUGAGGUCACAAGGUCUCUUCUCUCGCAGUCCUAUUCAGUGAUGGAUGCCAAUUUAACAGAGGUAGCGUACACUUCAAUGAGAUACGUUUUGUUGAUGGAUUCUGUGUGCUUCUAACGACAACUUGUAUUUAUGUAAAUUGAUGACUCAACAUAAAUGAAUCAUUACAUUUCAGGACGAGAUACAAAAGGAGUAUAUCGAACAGGAGAAAGAGAAGGAAUGGGUCAGGUUUAAGGUGGGUAGAAUUGUUUCGAAUUAGUUUAGUACCUCUUUAGCGCUUAUUGUAAAAUUAUAUUAUUCUUCUUGUUCGUCUUUUUUUAUGAACUGUCACACGUAUUCCUCUUGAUCUCAUCUGCGCAGCCACAAUCCACGUUUCUGUUUCUAAUACGCUGCAGCCAAAAACGAUUUUUGUUGACAUCUGAUUGUUCCUUGACUAAAGUGAAUAGAAAAUGGUUGAAAAGGAGUUUGCGGCAAGGCAUUGGUUAGUUGCGCUUACGACCGUGCACAUAUUGUCGUCAUCGGCUUGCGUCUUGUUAUCAAAGCAAAAUCGCUGUUGGAAAUUGCAGUCAAAUGCAGUUCAAAUUUUUGCAUUUAAUUUAACUAAAAUAUCCAGGGUUGCAGCCUAGUAAAAAAGACUCUGACAUGGAAUAGUAUACUUUGCAAGAACGCAGGCUUUUAUACAUAUUGCAAGGCCGGCUAGCUCAUCUUGGCUCCUGAGAUUGUCUCUGCAGUUGUUUUGCAUGUUUGUUUUUCUUUGCCUUCCCAAGAGUGAAUAUUUUUUGGAAAGGAAUGAAAAUUUGACAGUCUCUUUUGUCUGUGUGUGUGCAGAACAAAGUCGUCGGCAAUGUGUUACAUCACAGAGGCAUUCUUCCUGGUUACAGCAAGUGGAGCAGAAAUCCGUCACUUUUGGAGGUGUCAGAGAAAUGAACCAAAUUAGCGAUCACGUGUCCGAUUAACUUCACUGCCUUAGUUCUCUUUAAGCAUCAGAACGAGGACGUUAUUUUCAGACGGAAGGUCACGCGGAGUAGUCUGGACGAGAAGUUAUACCGGCUUUCGGUAUUUGGAUUCCCCCUUCUCGAGUGGGUGGGGGGAGGGGAGGGGAGGGGAGGGGAGGGAAGAAGGAUGGAGAAGGUUAUUUGGUGUGCUUUCUCACCACGGUACAUCAGAUCAAAAGAAAUGAGUGUUAUUUCUUAUCUUAUAUCAGACCUGAAAACAAUGAAACCCGAAAGAAUAAAUAACAUAUCCGUUGGUUGUCGGCAUACCUUUAUCCUUCACACAGGACCAACCAUCCCUAUCCCCUCC